AUCACCAAGGUAUGAACAACUGUCCCAUUUGAUAAACUGGUCAAACAUUAGAUACACUAUGUGAAUAAACCGAUGCAGAUGUGAAAAUGGCGAUUUUCAGAACAUGCGUGUUGGUCUUGACUGUUCUGGCUUACGGCAAUUGUCAAAAUGAUGACUCUACCAUCGCGGAAGACAUUAUCACGGAGACGAAGCCCGUUGGUGCGACCGGUCGUCUCAACUGCACCGUUACAAAUAAACGGCCGUCUGACACGGUUGUGUGGCGACGACUCGGCGAACAACAGAAACACAUCAGCAGAGACAUCCAAAUAGUCGUAAAAAAUCCAAUCGUCCAUGGAAAUUAUAAAUAUGAAGUGCAACUGAUCCAACGUAAUCAGAAUACGGUCUACAUGCUCAUUAUCCGGCGGCUGAUGGAAGAGGAUGACGGCAUGUAUCAAUGUCAGAUCUCCAAGCAGGGGUUGGACUUUGAUCUUUGGCCCAGCCGCCAGGGGAGGCUGUACGUUCAAAGGCCGCCGUUUAUUGACCGGACUCAGACCAAUCCCAUCGUGCAUGCCAAGCAUCGCGGGAGUGUCACGCUGAUCUGUGCAGCCAAUGGUAGGCCAGAACCCAAGGUCAUGUGGACACGCAUUGGAAUGCACUAUUUGAAGGGCCCGGAUGGAAACUAUGUUCCGACGAUUUAUGGGAGGAAUUACACAAUCAACAGCGUUGACUUCAAUGACCGCGGCCUGUACCGCUGCAUGGCCGACAACAACGUCCGGCCGCCAGCUACCUUCGACAUCACGCUCAAAGUGGAGAACCCGCCCACCGCCGAGGCGUUCAGAGACUCUGUCGGCCAAGCUAGGGAUAGAAACUUCGAAGUGGAAUUGAAUUGCAGGAUUACAGGCUCCCCAGAACCAGACGUCAGCUGGUUCAAGAUCUUAUCCGAUGAGAAGCAAGAAGAACUCCUGAACAACAAUAAAUACACUAUUGAUGUCAUCAACAGCCGUGGGCCUUAUCUAGCCGUGGGCGAGGCCUGGAUGAUCCUACGGGUCAGGCAGCUCAAGAGUGGCGACUACGGGAACUACACUUGCAGAGCGAAGAACAAAUACGGGUCGGCGAAUGCGGUUAUCGAACUUUACAGUACCACAAUGUGUCAGGGACCCAAGUGCUAUAUGCAGGAAGCCGGAGCAGGAGCCAGUUGUUUACAGGUUACCAUGUCAACGCUGAUACUGGCAGCAUUCUUAGCGUUUUUCAAGAAUCGAGCGUAGAAGAGGGAGAACUUGGGGCAAACUUAUUCAGGCCAUUUCUAACAUUGCGAACAUUUAUCUAUAGCCUACCUUCUUCCUUGGCAAAAGACAAGCCUCUUACUCCGUAACUGUGCUGCAAAGUUGAGCCAAUCUUGUAGCUGGGAGCGCAGCCCAGAUAAUAAAGGUCAAUACAGUACUUCUGCAGCGCUCUUGUACAUAAACUGUUGAGCCUAAAUCCUAACCGGCCGGUAGCGCCAUCUCUAGUGAAGCAAUGGAACUAAAACUUCGGUUUGUUGGCUUUGGGAUCUAUUGAUGAAAUAACGGACAUCUAUAGUGAUGCUUUGGCGGGGGGGGGGGGGGUAUCAAUAUAUAGGAUGCACAAGUAGUGCAGGAUUUGAUAUUUUAUGAAGUGUGCCAGCUGUGUAUAUUAUUUUAUAAAAUGCAUUUCUUAAUAAACUUAUUAAGAUCAUACAAA